AUGACUCUUAACAUCACAGUGCUUAUAUCAGGAUCAGGCUCGAACCUUCAAGCAUUAAUUGACUCUGAGGCUAAGGGUGACUUAAAUGGUAUCAUCACUCAGGUUGUCUCAUCCAGUACCACCGCCUACGGACUUGAAAGGGCAGAAAAGGCCAAAAUAUCCAGAAUUAAAACACAUGUAUUAAAGGACUACUACAAGGGCACCACUAAGGAAGAAAAGGUCGAGAGAGGAAAGAGAAGGGAACAAUUCAACAAGGACCUUGCCAAUUUGUUGAUAUACGGGAACAAAGAAAAUACAAUCACCACCGAAGGCUACGUCAAACCAGAUUUGAUUGUGUGUGCCGGCUGGAUGUUAAUUCUUUCUCCUGCAAUCCUUAUCCCGUUGGAGAAUGCUGGUAUUACCAUAAUUAACUUACACCCUGCCCUCCCUGGGGCCUACGACGGAACUCACGCUAUAGACAGAUGUUGGAAAGAUGGACAAGAUGGUAAAAUUACCAGAGGAGGUGUGAUGAUCCACAAGGUUAUUGCUGAAGUAGACAGAGGUGAACCAGUGUUGGUGACAGAAAUUGAGUUGAAGAAGGAUGAAUCUUUGGAAGAGUAUGAGGACAGGGUCCACAAGGUCGAGCAUGUAGCCAUUGUCGAAGGUGCAAACAAGAUAUUGAAGGAGUUGGAAGUCAUAAAGGGAUUAGAGAGCUUGAAGUUGGAAAAGGAAAAGAAAGUGGAAACGGUUGACGGUGGGCAAGACGAAAAGGACGAAAAGAAAUGA